AUGGUAGACAUCAACGACCCCGUACUAGCGAAGGCAGCUGAUUUGUGUUGUCUCAAAGGCGACAUUCACAACGGUCAGCCCACAGGAAACAUCACCCAGAUCGGAGGCGUUGAUACCUACGUGGCCACGCCCCAUCAAAAGGUUGCCAACGGAAAUGUUUUGCUUUUCUUCCCUGACGCUUUCGGACUGCACAUCAACAGCAACUUGAUGAUGGACGCCUACGCUGCUUGUGGAUACCUUACACUCGGUGUCGACUACUUUCUUGGCGAUGCUGUGACAAAGUAUACCACUUCACCGCUAAAUGAUCCUAAGUUCGACAUGGCAGCUUGGUCCGCCAAGCACCUGCAACACUCAGAGGAGGUUGCGCGAGAGUGGGUGAAGAAUGUCAAGGCCAACUACGGCAAUGAUGGCAAGGCCAAGUUUGGCUGUGUUGGCUACUGCUGGGGCGCACGAAUCGUCUUACAACAACUGUCUGAUGAUGGCAUCUGCUUGGCUGGGGCUAUCGCUCAUCCCUCUUUUAUAAAUGAAAGCCAUGUGCAGAAGUCAAAGGGUGGAGUUCCUCAACAUACGGCUGGUGCACCCGUCGCCUUCUCAGUCCCAGCCACCGACAAACUGUUUCCAAAUGAGUCACGCACGAGAGUGAUUGAGAUCUGCACUGAAAAACAGCAACGAUUCAAUAUGCAAAUAUUCUCCCAUGUUGGCCACGGCUUUGCGUCACGAACGCGACUUACGGAUCCUUACGAGUUAUGGGCCAAAGAACAGCACUUCAAGGGAUUCAUCGAAUGGCUUGACUUCUGGAUGGCUCAGGCAUGA